AUUAAUCCAUGGACACUUACAUUCUCAUUUUGUGUUGAAUGUGCAUAAGUAUCCUUCCAUUCCAACAGGGAAGCUUGUCACACAUACUUGGGUCAACUUCGGACGGAUAGGACUUCAAAGACGGACUUCAAAGGAUACUCAAUAUCACGGGCCUGUUUCAGCCGUCCUCCGAUUGCCAAUGAUAUCAUGAAUACAUUAUUGACCGUCCUAUUCAUUUCCUAUCCCUCAUUUGUGUCUGCGAAAAUGGAGCAUGCAUGCCCCACCACAGACAUAUCACCUUGCACGUGCACCGAAUAUACGGAUGGCGAUGUCAAAGUGGAUUGUUCGGGAGCCAUCUCUGUUGCUGAGAUUUCCUCAGCUCUGGCGAAGGCCUCUUGGCCCUCCACUCAACUCUGGAAACUCGUAAUUCAAUUCCCAGAAGUGGAACUCCCCAUAAUGGAAAUUCCCGAAGGAUUCUACGGAAAUCUUUCCUUCCAGCGGAUAUUCAUAACCAAUACUCCAAUGAAGAGGGUCGAUCCAUCAGACAUACUUCCUGUGAAGCACGUCCUCAAAUAUCUCGCUUUUCUCCAUAGUCGUCUGGAAAACUUUCCUUUUAAUAUACUUCAUGAAUUCCAAUACCUGAAAGAACUCCAGCUCAACAACAAUUUCUUGACCUUUGUACCCGCCUUCAAGAGCGAAAACUUAGAGAUACUCGGUCUCAAAAGCAAUAAGAUCGCAAGUGUAGAGUUCGACGGUUGGGCGACUCCCAAAUUGAAAAGACUCCAUCUUGAUGAUAAUUCCUUGGAAUCUGUCCCGGACUUCAAGAGCGACAGCCUUGAGAGACUCGACCUCGAUAGCAAUAAGAUCACGAGUGUGGAGUUCAACGGAUGGGCGACUCCCAAUUUGAGGGAACUCCACCUAGAUAACAAUUCCCUGACCUCUGUACCGGCGUUGAAGAGCGACAGCUUACAGAUACUCAGUCUCAAUGACAAUUAUAUCACUAGUGUGGAGUUCAACGGGUGGGCGACUCCCAAAUUGAGAGAGCUCUACAUUUCCAACAAUUUCUUGACAACUGUCCUGGCCUUCAAAAGCGACAACCUGGAGGUAUUCAGUCUCAAUAACAAUAAAAUCGAGAGUUUCCUGUUCAAUGGAGGGGCGACUCCCAAACUGAGAGAACUCAACCUAUCAAAUAAUAUGUUGACCUCUGUCCCAGUAUUCAAGAGCGAAAGUCUACAGAUGCUCAGUCUCAAAGACAAUAAGGUAAUGAGUGUAGAGUUCGACGGAUGGGAGACUCCUACAUUACGAGAACUGUAUCUAGAUAAAAAUUCCGUGACCUCUGUCCCGGCCAUCAAGAGCGAAAGACUAGAGAUACUCAGUCUCAAAGACAAUAAGAUAAUGAGUGUGGAGUUCAAUGGAUGGGCGACUCCCAAUUUGAGAGAACUCUACCUAUGCAACAACUUGUUGACCACCGUCCCAGUAUUCAAGUGCGAAAGCCUAGAGAUACUUAGUCUCCAUGACAAUAAGAUCACGAGUGUGAAUUUCGACGACUGGGCGACUCCCAAAUUGAGAGAACAUUACCUCCACAAUAAUUUGUUGACCACUGUCCCGCCCUUCAAGAGCGACAGCCUGGAGUUACUCAGCCUUAAAGAAAAUAAGAUCACAAGGGUGGAGUUCGAGAAAUGGGCGACUCCUAAAUUGAUACUGUUAGAACUACAAAACAAUUUGCUGACAACUGUCCCCGCCUUCGAGAGUGAAAGCCUGCAAAUACUUGGCCUCAAUGACAACAACAUCACGAGUGUGGAGUUCGACAGAUGGGCGACUCCCAGAUUGAGAGAACUCCACCUUUACAACAACUUGUUGACCACCGUACCGGUUUUCAAAAGCGACAGCCUGGAGAUACUUGGACUUGAUAACAAUAAGAUCACAAGUGUGGAAUUCAACGGAUGGGUAACUCCUAAAUUGAGAGAACUCUACAUUUCCAACAAUAUGUUGACCACCGUCCAAGUAUUCAAGGGCGGGAGCCUGGAGAUACUCGAUCUCAAAGACAAUGAGUUAAUAAGUGUAGAGUUCGACGGAUGGGCGACUCCUAAAUUGAGAGAACUCUAUCUAGAUAACAAUUCCGUCACCUCUGUCCCGGCCAUCAAGAGCGACAGCCUGGAGGUACUCGGUCUCAAUUACAAUAAGAUCAAUAGAGUGGAUUUCAAUGGAUGGGUGACUCCUAAAUUGAGAGAACUCUACCUCUCAAACAAUUUGUUGACCUCUGUCACGGCAUUGAAGAGCGACAGCCUGGAGGUACUCGGUCUCAAAUACAAUAAGAUCAAGAGUGUGGAGUUUAACGGAUGGGUGACUCCUAAAUUGAGAGAACUCUACCUCUCAAACAAUAUGUUGUCCACUGUCACGGCAUUCAGUUGCGCCAAGUUGGAGAUACUCAGUCUAAAUGACAACAAUAUCACGAGUAUAAAGUUUGACGGAUGGGCAACUCCCACUUUGAAGAAACUCUAUCUCAAUAACAAUUCUUUGACCUCUGCCCCCUUCUCUAUGAGCGACAACCUGGAGAUACUCAGUUUAAGAGAUAAUGAGAUCACGAGCGUGGAGUUCAACAAAUGGCCGACCUCCAAAUUGAAAGAACUCUACCUCUCUAACAAUUUCUUGACCUUUGUCCCAGCCAUCAAGAGCGACAGGUUGGAGAUUCUCAGUCUUAGAGGCAAUAAGAUAACGAAUGCUGAGUUAGACGGAUGGGCGACUCCUAAGUUAGUAUGGCUCGAACUACAAAACAAUUUGUUAACCUCUUUGCCGGGCUUUAAGAGCGACACCUUGGAGAUACUCAGUCUCCAUGAUAAUAACAUCACGAGUAUGGAGUACGACGGAUGGGCGACUCCUAAAUUGAAAGAACUUUACCUCUCGAACAAUUUGUUCACCUCUAUACCGACCUUCAAGAGCGACAGCCUGGAGAUUCUUGACUUUCAUGACAAUAAGAUCACCAGUGUUGAGUUUGACGAGUGGGCGACUCCGAAAUUGAGAGAGCUUAAUAUUUCCAACAAUUUGUUGACCUCUUUCCCGGGUUUCAAGAGUGGCAAGCUGGAGAUACUUGGUCUUAAUGGCAAUAAGAUCACGAGUGUUGAGUUUGACGAGAUGUCGACUCCCAAAUUGAGAGAACUUUAUAUUUCCAACAAUUUGCUGUCCUCUCUCCCGGUCUUCAAAAGCGAGCAGAUGGAGAUCCUCGGUCUUGAUGACAAUAACAUCACGAGUGUGGAGUUCGAGAAAUGGGCUACUCCCGCUUUGAAAAAACUCUAUCUCAACCACAAUUCUUUGACCUCUGUCCCCGUCACUAAGAGCGACAGCGUGGAGUUACUAAGUCUUAGGGACAAUAAGAUCAAGAGUGUGGAGUUCCACGGAUGGGCGACGUCCAAAUUGAGAGAACUCUAUCUAGGUAACAAUUAUUUGACUUCAGUUCCGGCCUUGAAGAGCGACAGCCUGGAGAGACUCGACUUCGAUAACAAUCAGAUCACCAAUGUGGAGUUCAAUGGAUGGGCGACCCCCAAAUUGAGGAAAUUCGCCAUUGCAAAAAAUCCUCUGUCAAGACUCCCAUCUGCAGCUAUCAAGGGUAUGAAGAAUCUGGAGGAGUUCUAUUCUUCACAGUGCAAUCUGGGUCCAACUCUUUCAAGAGGUGUCCUGGAAUUCCAGAGCAAGGCUUUGAAACUUAUUACUCUCUCGGGCAACAAUAUCUCCAAACUUGAUGAAAGAGCCAUCACAGGUCUUGGACCGAAUACCAAGGUUCAACUAACCAACAACGAAAUUGUCAUUUUGUCUAAGGAGAGCUUCCGCCCGAUGUUGGACAUCCUCUCUACAGGAAAUGGAGUCCUCUAUCUAGACGGCAAUCCUAUCCGAUGCGAUUGUGACGUAGCAUGGCUGGUUCUGAAUCCGAAAUUUCUGAAGAGCAUUUCUGGGGAGUGUCAAAAUGGAACCAAAUUCAAGGAUUUAGAUGCAUUUGUUAUGAAAGACUGUUAUCGCCAAUCGGGCUUGCCAACACUCACAAAUCAAGUAUGCGGGAAGAAGGAAAGUCAAAUUCAACUAUCAGCAGGAGGAAACCCAUCUGAAAUCGGAGAAUGGCCAUGGCAAGCGGCCAUUUAUGACCUCACGAAGAAAGAUGUCAUUUGUGGAGGGGCUCUCAUUAACGAACGAUGGGUGUUGACAGCGGCCCAUUGUGUCGUUGUAUUAGGUUCCCUCAGAACUCGAAACAAACAUGACAUUUUGGUCCACCUAGGGAAACACUAUCGACUCGAUGUCAGGGACGAGUACCUGCAGAUCCGACAGGUAUCUCAUAUAAUCUUGCACAAGGACUUCAACGUACAUAAUGACUAUGACUCGGACAUAGCCCUAUUGAAAUUAUCAAGACCUGCCGUGCUGACUGCGCGAGUUCAGUUAGUAUGUCUCCCUAUCCGAUUUGAUUUAUCUGAGGUCAACCUCAACAGCGGAGGGAAUGGAUGGGUGGCCGGUUGGGGUUAUGACAGUUUGGAUAACCUCACAGCUGUCCUGACGGAGAUUCAACUACCCGUGAUAUCCAAUCCUAAAUGUGUUGUGGACACCGUUAAUUUCACGGGAGACCCCAGCAUCACUCGUACCAUCACCAUAAAUAUGUUCUGCGCUGGUUUUUCCGUGGAUACUCCUCUCGAAGGACCCCUGAGACCCUCAGGGAACCAGAAGGAGAGGUUAUGUAGUGACCUGUCGGUGACCUGCCACCUUCCCUAG